AUGGACAAACAAAAGUAUUGCCAGUCUUUGCCGCAUGAAUCAUGCAGCAAAUGGACCAAAAGCAUAGUGUUAACUUUUUGUGCAAGUGUCCUGCUAUGGUCGACGUUUUUCUCUCCCUCUUGGAUUCACUGGAAUUCAAACUUAGGUUCACUUGACUCAGAGGUACCGCUAUCGAGUCCCACAACACGCAAUGUUACGAUCGUGGACUUUUCUGGCAGGCGCCACAUAACCCCUACGUCAAAUCCAGGGUCUUCUUACUAUCAACACCGCAUACAGCUCAAGCCUCUGAUCCCACACACAGUCGCUCGCGAAGACUUCAACGAAUGGUUGCAAGUACAGUCCACAAUCAGCUUCGAAAGAGUGCUAGCCAACAUCGGGGAUGUUAACUUGAACCAACUGCACAAAACGGAUCAAGUUGCAGAGGGCGCAAUAAUCGCUUCUCCUUCUAAGCAAUCCCCUGAUUACUUCUAUCACUGGAUUAGAGACGGUGCCAUAACUGCAAAUACCGUGGUCAACAAGCUCUGGGACCUGACGCAAGGACCUCAGCCAAGCGUGAACAUCACCCUGGUGGGGACUGUGCUCAAGUAUUUAAACAACACUUAUGUGCUUCAACGAACGGACAACCCUUCAGGGUCUCUAAACCCUGAUUACAGGGGCCUCGGAGAGCCCAAAUGGAUGGUGGAUAAUCAACCUUUCACAGGCAACUGGGGUCGUCCCCAAAACGAUGGUCCGCCCUUGAGAGUCAUCACCACCUUCAAUUUCCUUCAGGUACUUCAAGACCUUGACUUGACCAUUGAACAAGCCAUCAAACUCUACCAAGACGCGACCAACAGUGACUUGCAAUUGAUCUUUGCCAAUGAAAAGGAACUAUACGACAAAAUAAUCAAGCUGGACUUGGAGUUCGUAGCCUCCAAUUGGCAGGUCGACAGUUUCGACUUAUGGGAAGAAGUCAACGGACAGCACUUUUUCACAACCGUGUCACAGUUGAAAGCCGUUAAACUAGGAUGGAAUUACCUUGUUCACGUUCAGCCAGAUUUCGACGACAAGUCCAAUUCCUUUGCAGAAGUGUUACAAGAUAAAAUCCAAGAUAUCCUCAGCUUCCUUAUGGAGGGUGGUGGAUUUCUCAAUGCCAACAAAAACCAUAUCAUUGAAACCCCUACGAUUCUGGGUAAAAGAUCCGGACUAGACAUCGCUGUGUUGAUCGGUUCUAUCUUGACGCAUGACGAUCUCUAUAAGUCCGCAGGGAGCGAUAAUGUGCCAUUCGAUGUCGAAGACAGCGGAAUCUUGAACUCUUUGCAUGGGCUUGCCAAACAGAUGGAGAUCCUGUAUCCUGUGAACCACCAAAGAGCCAACUUGAACCUGGGUGUAGCACUUGGCAGAUACCCAGAAGAUGUCUAUGACGGUCUGGGUACCUCAGAGGGCAAUCCAUGGUUUUUGGCAACCUCUGCUGCAGCUGAAGUUUUUUACAAGGUUAUAUGGCGAUACUACGCGCUGGAAGAAGACCUAGUCAUCCCCAUGGACAGUUGGAAAUCAGAGUUCUGGAGUCGUAUAUUUGAUAAAAUUGAUUUCUCUUCCGAGAAUUCUUGUGAAUGGCAGCUAGUCAUUCCCUAUGGAUCGCCUGCUUUCAAACAAACCAUGGUUUCGUUAUUUACAUUGGGAGAUUCAUUCCUGGACAAGGUCAGAGAACACGUUAGCGCCGAGGGCGAGAUGUCUGAGCAAUUCAACAAGUACACUGGAUAUAUUCAAGGAGCCAGACAUUUGACAUGGUCCUACGGUGCGUUUUGGAACUCUUGCCGAUGGAGGACACAGGUCCUUCAGAAACUGGGAAGUGACGAAAAUGAGGCGUUUUGGUGA